AUCAGCUGGAGCAAAGUGUCACAGAGAACUUGUUGCACCCGCGUUCCGUGAACGUACAACGAACAACCUGAGGAACAUCUGGGAGUGAAUCUCACCGCAGCAGUGGUUGACAGGCCUUCUCUUCAGUGAUUGGUCCAGACAGACAGGUGACGAUGUCAUCGGUGAAAGUGGAGUGCGUGGUGAUGACGAGAGCUCUGAUUGGCGAAGGGCCGGUGUGGGAGGAAUCGGAGCAGAUGUUGCUGUUUGUCGACAUUGCCGGGCAGAAAGUCCACCGCUGGAGCCCAGCGACCAAUCAGAUCCAGUCUGUGGAGACAGGUGACAUGGUGGGGUUCGCGGUUCCUCGUAGGUCAGGUGGUUAUGUGGCUGGUGUGGGGCGCAGCAUCGUGGCUGUUGAUUGGUCGACUCAGACGAUGACAUCAUUGGUGGAAGUUGACGAGGACAAACUGAACAACAGACUGAACGAUGGGAAGGUUGAUCCAAUUGGACGGCUGCUGGCAGGUACGAUGGGGAAGGAGGAGCGACCUGCGGUGGUUCAGAAACAGCAAGGAUCUCUGUUCUCUGUGACCUCUGACCUCACUGUGACCAAACACCUGAGCCAGGUGGACAUAUCUAAUGGCUUGGAUUGGUCUUUGGAUCAGAAGACGUUUUACUACAUAGACAGUUUGGCUCUGACUGUCGACGCUUUCGACUACGAUUCAAACACCGGACACAUCGGAAACCGCCGUGUGGUUUAUCGUAUGGAGGAGGGGGAGGGGCUUCCAGACGGGAUGACAGUGGAUGCUGAAGGUCGUCUCUGGGUGGCCUGUUAUAACGGGGGACGAGUCAUCAACAUCGACCCUGCUACUGGCGUGCGGUUGCAGACGGUCUCUCUGCCAGUGACGAAGACCACCUCAUGUUGCUUUGGAGGUCCUGACUACGCUGACCUCUAUGUGACCUCAGCUAGUGUGGGCCUCAACCAAUCAGAUAGGAGAGCGCAGCCUCUGGCCGGAGGCACCUUCAGGGUGACAGGACUUGGGGUCAAAGGUCGUCCUUCAAACUCAUUCUCUGGAUGAGCCUCAGGAGACUCAAACAGCCAAUCACAGAGCGGGACACCAGGAAGUGACCAACAGUCUAAUUAAUUAAUCCUCACUGUCAGUAACGCAAUUAUAAAUAAACACUGAAUUUCACAAAAUAUUUGUAGCAGUUAGGAACUGUAAAUAAAUAAAAAAAAAUAAUUAAGAGACAGCCAAUCAGUGAAGAGGAAACUGUAUCAUGUGAUUAACAGCCAAUCAGAGACCAGGAAAUAUUCCAUAUUCCUCUGUUUAUCUUUGUGUAACCAGUGGAAAAAAAAAUUAAACUUGAAAGACAUUGAA